GGCUGAACUGGAGCAAAGCAUCAUUGGGUUCAAUACUAGCGACAAAGCAACAUCUUCAGUCAGUUCGAAUAGUUCGACAAUCUCCGAGAGAACUAUAGCCACAGAAUGAAACUCCUUAUCGCCCUUGCCUUAUGCCUGGUAGCAUUUGCCGCGGCCCAGUCUGCAGAUCCAGUGGAGCCUUCCGCAGAAUACCUGCCUCCUGUAGGUGAACCGGAGGCUGCACAGCUCUCCGAAAGCGGUUACAAGUACAAGACCGUGCGUCGCCUAAAGCUGCGACACCGCCGCGAGGUACCCAAUCAGGAAUACCUUCCACCAGUCGAGAACGCACCUAGCCAGGAGUAUCUGCCUCCCGUAGAUGCCGCCGUCGCCGUCGGGGACACGAAAGUGGCUGACGACGGUUACCGUUAUAAGACCGUACGCAAGCUCAAGUUCCGUUCCCGUCACCGCCGCGACGUUUCCGAAAUCGCGGAGCCCAGCAACGAGUACUUGCCGCCUGUGGAGGUGGAGUUGGCUCCUGAACUGAAAACCGUUCUCGGAGAUGAUGGUUACCGUUACAAGACCGUGCGCCGGCUUAAGCUGCGUCGCCACCGCCGUGAGGCCACCGCAGGGGAGGUUGCUGCCGAUGCCGCUCCCAAUGGAGAGUACCUGCCACCCGCCGAAGCUGCUGCCCCUGCUGAGGCCGAGCCAAAAGCCGCUGAAGAGGGCACCGAGUUAGCCAAGGACGGUUACCGGUACAAGACGGUGCGCCGCCUGCGAUACCGCUACCGCCACUAGUAUUUUGACCCGAACCUAGGCACAUUGAACCAAAUUGAUCCUUUUAGUACUCUUGGGAAGUUAAGCCGGACAGGGAUUCCUGUCUCGUCUGAAUGGCUUCCCUCCUUUACCUUUAUCCAAUAUAUACGUAGACUUUCAGUUCUCCCAGCAUAUGGAAUAAUAAAAUUUAUUCAUGAAAAUCA